GGCUCGGAGCACCGGGGGCCAGUUGGGGAGUAUACAGAGAAGGGGAGGAGCGUCCGUCGGAGGGCGAAUGGAGUCCUAGGGUGGGAGGGCGCAGGCGCAGAGCUGAACUGGGGACAUUUGGAGGCGGAGUCGGAUACAGAUCCCUCCUCAAACACCUCCCGCGGAAAGAUCCCGGUUUUAGACCAUACAAGUUUGAGUUCUUGUGACAUCUUGGAGAGUGAGCUCCUGUUUUCUGACAGUCCUUCUGGGCCUUAGUCCACACUCUCUGCUGCCUUCUUUACCCCUUCUGGAUACCUCCUCCACCAGGAAGCCUUCCCUGAUGCUGAUAAGAGCUCUUCUCUUCCUGAAAGCGCCAUCUCUGUCUCUUUUCCUGUUUUAUCCCUAAAGAGUUAAAAGACAGUCACCUCCAGGACCGCAAGAACUGUUUCCUUUGGUCCUUCCCGGGCCCCAGGUCUCUUCCCUGGUUUCCUCCUAAGUGAAGAAGUGGAAAUCUUGUGUCCAGUGGGGAGGAGAAACCUGCAACCCGAGCCCCACUUCUCAUGGUGCUCAUUUCCUCCCCAGCGCAGUGUCCUGUGGCCUCUGCUCUCCCUCUCGAGGUGGGAGUCCUGAGGAAGUAGGGAUGGCGCCUGUGCCCCUGCCAACCAGACCCUACCAGGAAUCAAUGACAUUCAAGGAUGUGGCUGUUGAGUUCACCUGGGAGGAGUGGGGACAUUUGAAUCCAUCUCAGAAAAAGUUGUACAGGCAUGUGAUGUUGGAGAACUAUAGGAACUUGGUCUCUUUGGGAUUUGCAGUUUCCAAACCAGAUGUGAUCUACCAAUUGGAAAGAAAAGAAGCAUUUUGGAGACCAGAGGCAGAUAUUCUAAGAAGGAACUGUCCAGAGAACAAAGAAUUUAAUGGAGAUAAUCCUUAUGAAUAUAGUGAACAUACAAAGGCCUUCAGGAGCAGUGAACAUCGGGCUGUGCAUCAGAGAAUUCAUGCUGCAGAGUUUUUUUAUGAAUGUAAGGAGUGUGGGAAGACUUUCCACUGGAAUGCAGAACUUAUUCGACAUAAAAGAAUUCAUACUGGAGAGAAACCUUAUGAAUGUACUGAAUGUGGGAAGGCUUUCAAUAUGAAGGCAAAUCUUACUCGACAUCAGAUCAUUCAUACUGGGAAGAAACCUUAUGAAUGUAAUGAAUGUGGGAAAGCCUUUAGACAAAAAAUACAGCUUUAUGUACAUCAGAGAAUUCAUACUCGAGAGAUUCCUUUUGAAUGUAAGGAGUAUGGGAAAGCCUUCCUCUGCAACUCAGAACUUUUUGAACAUCAAAGAAUUCAUGCUAGAGAGAAACAUGAAUGUAGUAAAUGUGGUAAGACCUUCAAGAGUAACAUAAAACUUAAUGUUCAUCAGACAAUUCAUACUGAAAAAAAUCAUGAAUGUGAGAAAUGCACCUCACAUUUUAAUCAGUCCCAGAGAAUUCAUACUGGAGAGAAGCCUUAUGAAUGUAGUGAAUGUGGGAAGGCCUUCAGGAGGAAGUCACAACUUAUUGUGCAUCAGAGAAUUCAUACUGGAGAGAAACCUUAUGAAUGUAGUGAAUGUGGGAAGACUUUCAGACUAAAGGCACACCAUACUCGACAUGAAGGAAUGCACACUGGAGAGGAACCUUAUGAAUGUAGUGAAUGUGGCAAAACCUUCAGGAGUAAGAUUCAACUUACUAUGCAUCAAAGAAUUCAUCCUAUAAAGAUUUGUUAUGAAUGUAAGGAGUGUGGGAAGGCUUUCCAUCACAACACAGAUCUUGUUAAACAUCAGAAAAUUCAUAAUGGAGAGAAACCUUAUGAAUGUAGUGAAUGUGGAAAGGCCUUCAGGAGAAAAGCACAUCUUAUUGUGCACCAGAGAAUCCAUACUGGAGACAUUCUUUAUAAAUGUAAGGAAUGUGAUAAGGCUUUCCUUUACAACUCAGCAUUUAUUAUACAUCAGAGAAUUCAUACUGGAGAGAAACCUUAUACAUGUAGUGAAUGUGCAAAAGCCUUCAGGAGUAAAACAUUACUUACUGUGCACCAGAGAAUUCAUACUGGAGAGAUUCUUUAUAAAUGUAGGGAAUGUGGGAAGACUUUCGCGUAUAACUCAGAACUGAUUCGACAUCAAAGAAUUCAUACUGGAGAAAAACCUUAUGAAUGUAAUUUAUGUGGGAAGGUCUUCAGGAGACAGCAACAUCUUACUGUGCAUCUGAGAAUUCAUACUGGAGAGAAACCUUAUAAAUGUAGUGAAUGUGGGAAGGCCUUUAGGAGGAAGACAGAACUGACUGUGCAUCAGAAAAUUCAUGCUGGAGACAUUCUUUAUGAAUGUAAGGAAUGUGGAAAGGCUUUCCCCUACAACUCAGCUUUUAUUGUGCAUCAAAGAAUUCAUACUGGAGAGAAACCUUAUACAUGUAGUGAAUGUGCAAAGGCCUUCAGGAGUAAGACACUACUUACUGUGCAUCAGAGAAUUCAUACUGGAGAGAUUCUUUAUGAAUGUAAGGAGUGUGGGAAGACUUUCCCCUAUAACUCAGAACUUAUUCGACAUCAAAGAAUUCAUACUGGAGAGAAACCUUAUGAAUGUAGUGUAUGUGGGAAGGCCUUCCACCGGACUGUACAUCUUACUCGCCAUCAGAGCAUUCAUACUGGAGAGAAACCUUAUAGAUGUAAUUAUUGUGGGAAGACCUUCAGACUGAAGAUACAACUUACUCAACAUCAAAGAAUUCAUUCAUAAGAGAAACCUUAAGAGUAUAAUGCAUAUGGGAAGCCAUUUAGGUUGAGGACACUAUUUUGUAUCCAUUAGAGAUUUUAUCUUAGAGAAAAUCCCUCUGAAUGUUAGGGAUGUGGGAUGACCUUUUAUUGCAACUUAUAUUUUUAAAAAAAUUAAAUAAUGCUGCAGAGAAAACUUAUUAAUUUAUUGUAUAUAGAAUGCAUUCAGAAGGAAGAUAAAACUAACUGUCCAUCAGAAAACUCACAUUGGAGAGAUAUUUUUAUGAGUGAGAGGGGGUAUGAGAAGGCCUUCCAAGUUGACUUAGAUCUUAUUCAACUUAUAGAAUUCAUAAUGGAGAGAAACUUACACAUGUACUAGAUGAGGGAAGGUUCCUCCCCCCCCCCCCGAAUGUAGAUCUCAUUCAACAUGACAGUAUUCAUACUAGAGAGAGAUCUUAUGAAUGCAAUGAACAUGGGAAAUCCUUUAUACUAAGGAAGCACCUUCCUCAGCAUCAAAGAAUUCAUGUUGGAGAAAAACCUUUUCUGUGUAAUCCAUGUGGGAAGGCCUAUAGACCAAGGACAGUAGGCCAUGAGAGAAUUCAUAAUAGAUUCCUCAUGAGUGUGGAAAGACCCCUCAGUUGCCUAGCCUGUGGUUCUGAAUUCCUGGAUGCAGUUCAGAGUUCUUAUUUAGUCACCAUGAGAGAAGGAGAUAAUGUAUCUUCCCUGCAGAGGCCUCUCUAAUGUAGCAAAGAUUUAGUAUUCUCUGAUGGGCUUCCAGAGAGAAAGAAGUUGUACUGGCUGAACCAUAAGAUAUGGAGUGGGUGGUGGUAUUGGCAGAGUCUUGGUAUUAACAUAUUCCUGUGCAAAUGGCAUCUAAGAGGCAUAUAGAUGACCUCUUGUGCAUCAGAUGAGCCUGAUGUGUGGUAAAUAAUUUUUAAUUGCUUGAGGAAUGUAAAGUGAUAUGAGCUGUGUUCCUGCUAUUGUUGCUUCUGCUCAUAUCGAUUAUGGUAGCCACUGUGAGCCAUAAUGAUUUGCAAUCAUUAAUUAAAUCAAAACACCACAAGGUCCUGUGGCAGAUGUUGACACAGUUUGAUUUCUUCCCAGUUCUUUGAAUGUCAAAGUGAAGAAAUUCAGUGAAAUGCAGAUGAACUAGGAGAGUAACUAUGACUCUGUUGAGGGAGAACAAUGUAACAAUAUAUGAAAAGAUGAUGAGAGUCCCAUUGUGAUCAAGUGUUAUUAAAAUGGAAUUUUUAGAAGAAGAAAUUGAAGUUAUCAAUUGUCAUAUGAAAAAAUGUAGAGAACUGCAAAUUAAAGCAACUCUUAAGGUACCACCACACACCUGUCAGAUUGGCUAAUGUGAUAGAACAAAAUGACAAAUUCUAGCGGAAAUGUGGAAAAAAGAGACACUAAUUCACAAUUGUUCAACCAUUCUGGAGAACAAUUUGAGACUAUACCCGUAGAAUUAUAAAAAUGCAUCCCCCUUUGGGUCAACAAUACCACUAAGAGGUUUGAAUCCCAAAGACAUUAAAGGAAAAUGACCUCUGUGUACAAAAAUAUUUAACACAGUUCUCUGUGUGGUGUCAAAGAAUAGGAAAUUUAAGGUUUUUCUAUCAAUUGGCAAGUGGCUAAACAAUUUGUGGUAUAUGAUUGUGAUGACACAUUGUUGUACCAUAUGAAAUGAUUAGGAGGAUGGUUUUAGAAAACUCUAUUAAGAUCUAUAUGAACUGAUGCAGAGUGAAAUGAGCAGAACUAGGAAGGAGAUCAUUAUACAUAGUAACAGCAAUAUUUAAAUGAUCAUCUUUUGAUAACUUAGCUACUCUGAUCAAGACAAUGAUUUAAGACAGUUCUAAAGAAUUCAUGGUGAAAAAUGCUGUCCACGUUCAGAGAGAUGAACUCAAGUAAAUGUGGAUUUUUUUUUUGUUUUCUUGCUUUUUUAAUGGUAGAGCUAAUAAACAUGUUUUGUAUGA